AAUGUGGAAAUUGCCGUGAUAGAUGAAAUACAGAUGAUUGCAGAUGAGGACCGAGGGUGGUGGUGGGUGCGUGCUGUAUUGGGUGUGCCAGCCAAAGAGGUGCACUGUUGUGGAGACCAUACGGCCCUGUCCCUUUUAAAAAGGUUGACGGACAUCACCGGGGACAAUCUGAUUGUACACGAGUACACGCGCUUGUCUGAGCUGGAG